CUCCUCGGCAGCGAGAGCAUCUGUGGUGCCUCAGACGCCUGCCUUUCACUCCAUUCCUAGAGACGUUGCAACAUGCAUUUGGGAUCAGCAUGCAUAGCUGUCAGCGUCUUUUUCAAAGAAAAUAAGCUACAGUCAAAAGGCAGACAGUUCUCUGACUCAUGAAGAUGGAAGGUUAUAUAUACAUAAAUGUCUCUCCAGUGAAGACGACUGAGCCUCACUCCUAACACACAAAGUUGUUUGUUUCAAACACAGUUCCAGUGGGCAAACGAGGAGACAUUCCUUCCCUGGGGGACACCCCCAGGAGAAUGAGACCCACCUGAGAGAAACACGGCUUCGUCCCCAACUUGGGCAAACUCCGGCAACAUUCCCACAGCAGACCUCUGUCUCGGCAGCCUAAAAAUGCCAUUUUUUAGCUGGGUGAAAUGGCCAAAACCUUAUUCCGACAAACAAGCACGCCACACUGGCUCGGAGGCGGUGACAAAGACUCUGCUUCGGGAGUUAAAGUGGCAUCUCAGGGAGCGUGAGAGGUUAAUGAACGAGAUCGAAGAUGAACAGAAGGUGAAGAGGACAGGUGUAGACUACAACUGGCUGAGAAGCUACCAGACUCCUCGCACAAUCCCAGCUACCGAGCAAAGACAACUGGAAGUUCUUUGCUCACAAGUACAACCUUGUCAAACCGGAACUGUUCUCAGCAGAUUUCGAGAACUUUUGGCAGAAAAUGAUGUACUUCCCUGGGAAAUUGUCUACAUCUUCAAGCAAGUUCUGAAAGACUUCCUCAGCAGCCCUGACAGAGGGGGUCUUCAUGCUGGCCUGUGGGACUCUGACAGCACCUGUUCCCCUGCGCUCCCAGGUGAAAGCUCUGAGGGGCCAGACAAAGAUGAGAUACCCACGAUUUCAAGUUAUGUAGACAGAAAUGCCAAGAACAGGUUUCCAUCAUGUUCACACAGAGCAUGGAACCUGCCGUAUUAUCACCCGCCGAGCUAAGGAGUUAGCAAGAGCACCUCAGAGUCAUGCCCCUCAGCACUGACGGGAAGAAACUGUCGCAUGACCCCGGGUUUCUCUGCUACAGCGUCAGGGUUUAGUUAAAAUUCCUGUGCCUCCAGCCUCUCUAAGCAGUACUGUUUUCUAACCACUGGAAAUAGUCAACAUUUUAAUGAAAAUAUGCUUUUAACUAAAAUACUGUCCAAAUGUCUGAAGUUUCUUAUACCCCAAACAUGUCACAGAACUAAAGAAAUUUACUAUGAAGU